ACAUGGGGGCGGGUGAAGCUCCAGGCAUGCAAGCCCCACCCCCUCCACCUCCUCCACCACCAAUGCCAGACACAGUGUCCAACGGUCUUUACCCCUCGCCUCCUGCUCCUGCUCCUCCCCCGCCCCCACCCCCUCCUCCCCCUCCCUGUCGGACCAGCGAGCUCUCCUCCAUCCCAACGCCCCCUCCUCCUCCCCCUGUGGCCCCCCCUCUUCCGGGGUCAGGGGGGUCACCUACGGUCAUCUUUAACUCGGGACUCGCAGAGGGUCCACUCAAGUUAUUUUCGGUGAAGAUCAAGAAGCCAAUCCAGACUAAGUUCCGGAUGCCGGUGUUGAACUGGGUCGCUCUGAAGCCGAGUCAGAUCAACGGAACUGUUUUCAACGACAUCGACGACGAGUCCAUCCUUCAGGCCCUGGACGUGGAGGAGUUUGAGGAGCUCUUUAAGACAAAGGCUCAGGGUCCAGCUGUCGACUUGACUUUGUCACGACAGAAACUUCCUCAGAAAAGUGCGUCAAAGGUUUCACUGCUCGAAGCAAAUCGGUCUAAAAAUCUUGCCAUCACGCUGAGGAAAGCUGGCCAGGGCCCAGAGGUCAUCUGUCGAGCCAUCCACACGUUCGACCUGCGGACGGUGCGCGUGGACUUUGUUGAGUGUUUGAUGCGUUUCCUGCCGACGGAGGCCGAAGUGAAGACGCUACGUCAGUAUGAGAGAGAUAGGAAACCAGUGGAGGCACUGAGUGACGAAGAUCGAUUCAUGAUGCAGUUCAGUCGCAUCGAACGACUCAGUCAACGCAUGAGCAUCAUGACCUUCAUGGGAAACUUUGCAGACAACGUCCAGAUGUUAACCCCGCAACUUCACGCCAUCAUCGCUGCUUCAAUUUCUAUCAAAUCAUCUCAGAAGCUGAAAAAGAUUCUGGAGAUCAUCUUGGCUUUGGGAAACUACAUGAACAGUAGUAAAAGAGGAGCAGUGUAUGGAUUUAAACUACAGAGUCUCGACCUGCUGCUGGACACAAAGUCGACCGACAGGAAACAGACGUUGCUUCAUUACAUCUCAAACGUUGUAAGAGAGAAAUAUUCGUCUGUGUCUCUGUUUUACAACGAACUUCACUACAUUGACAAAGCUGCUGCAGUGAGUCUGGAAAAUGUGUUGUGUGAUGUGAAAGAGCUGCAGCGAGGGAUGGAACUGACCUGGAGAGAGUUCAGUGUUCAACACAACGCGACGCUCAAAGAUUUCAUCAGCAGGAAUGAAUCACGACUCAGCAAACUGCAGGAGGAUGCACGCAUCGCACAGGAUGCUUUUGAGGAUGCAGUCAAGUUUUUUGGAGAAAGCUCCAAGACGAUGCCACCAUCAGUCUUCUUCCCCAUCUUUGUUCGCUUCAUUAAAGCAUACAGGCUGGCUGAGGACGAGAAUGAGCAGCGGCGGCGUCAGGAGCAGAUGUUGUUGGAAAAACUGGAGCAGGAGGAGCAGCAGGAAGAGGAAGAGACAAAGUCUCCGUCUCACAGGGGGAAGCGUCAGCAGAAGGAACUGAUCACUGAGCUGAGACGACGACAGGGGAAAGACAGCCGGCAUGUUUACGAGGGGAAGGACGGGGCGAUCGAGGACAUUAUCACAGCUCUGAAGACCGUCCCCUUUACGGCUCGAUCGGCCAAACGCAGCUCUCGCUUCUUCUGUGACCCCGCCCACUCUGAGGAGCACUACUGAGAGACAGGAGGGAAGUCUUCAGCUGGCCACGCCCACUUCUAAUGGAUGGGACCAAUUAGCACUUUGAACUUUCUGAUUGAUCGAUGUGAAUGAAUAAUUUUAUGGUUAGUUCGUCACACACUCUGGACCCAGACGACCCCUGACCAAGCAGAACACUGUAAAAAAAAUUAUUUACCUCCAGAAACUAAAACUGAACCUCCUCCUCAGUGCUGAAGAAGAUCAUGUGGACCGACCAAAAGCUAUUGACUCAAAGGUCUGGAAGUUCCAGACUCUAAAACAUCUUAUCUACAAAAGUUUGAAAAAAAAUAUAUAUAUACUUCGUUGAAAUGAAAUAGAAAGAAAUGUUUAAAAAAGUCUGUCCCGCACAUUUGACCACAGGAGGCACUGUACAGAGUUCUGAUGAGUUGGUAUUGUUUAAGAUGAUAAUCAAUGGUAAAUAAUCAAGUUAUAAUCCAACCCUGGUCAAUGAGUAAUCAAUUGACUCUCUGUCAUGUGAAGAGAGGGGGCGCCACCUCCAAUAAAGUCCAGUCUUGAGUUCCACUCAGUCAGUGGUUUUGUGGUUGUUCUGGAUUCAGUCAGUCUGUGUCGUGUACAGGGUUCUAGUCAUUUCACUACUCUGAGUUCUACUGUUGUGCUCUACUGUUCUCUCUGACCUGACAGAGCCAAGGACACUUCCUGUUUAUUAAUGUUCAUCAUGAACAGAAUCAAACUGUUUUUCUGUGACUCAACCCGACCCCUUCACUCCUGCUGUUAGCCUGUUAGCUAGCAGGACAGUCACAGGAUUCCAGAAUCCAGGAACUUUGAGGUUCUGGUUCUAAAUGUGGAAUCUGUUGAGUUCAGCUAUGUUCAGUCUGAAGCAUCACAGGGUUGUCAGGAUUGAACCAAUCAUGUGGUGUUGUCCUGCAGUGUGUUUGUGAAACGUCCCGGACUUGCAGUAGCGACUUGUGUCUGAGAUUGACAAAAGUGACUUAUAUUUGACUGACGACAGUGGCUCAUGUCUCAGAUUGACUGACGACAGCAACUUGUGUCUCAGACUGACUGCGGACAGCGACUUGUGUUUGACUGACAACAGUGACUCGUGUCUCAGAUUGACUGAGGACAGCGACUUGUGUUUCAGACCGAGGACAGCGACUUGGGCCUCAGACUGACAACAGUGACUCAUGUCUCAGAUUGACGACAAUGACCUUUAUCCACACUUCACCCCCAUCAUGAAAGUCAUUUUUUAACCUUUAUUUCAAUUGAAAAUAAGUCAAACAGCACAAAGUUUUUCUACGUGUACAAACAUUUUAUAGAAAGUUGUGUAGCAAUGCUCGUAACGUGUUUGUUGGUGAUUCUGCACUUGGUGUGUCAAUAAAACGCACCUGACCACAUGACACUGCCUAAGAGUCACAUGAUCUGAUGAACUACAGCACCCACAGACCUCAGAGCCACGUCUUAAUGUA